AUGAACACUGUUUUCAAAAUUUUUCUUUUUCUUUUUCUUUAUUCUCUCUUUGUUCAUCUACUCUUUUUUCACCCUCUCUUUCUGCACAUGCCUUUUUUAAAAAAUAGUCUCUCUUUUGAUUCUUCCUUUUUUGUCUCUCUUUUGAUUCUUCCUUUUUUGUCUCUCUUUCUCCCUAGUUUUCUUUUCCUGCCUUUAUUCAAAUCUAUUAUUUUUACACAUUUAUGUAAAAAAAAACAUGAAAGUAUCACUCAUUCUCUCUCACACUCAUUCGCACUCUCUCUGACAUUCAUUCACACUCUCUCUGACAUUCAUUCACACUUGCUCUCUCUCACUCAUUUAUAUUCUCUUAUUCACACAGUAAUAUCCUCUCUCACACUCAUUGACACUUUCUCUCUCACAUUUACACUCUCUCUUUCUCACACUAAUUCACACACACUGUUUCAUACUCAUUCACACUGUCUCUCUCACUCAUUCAUGAUAUCCUCUCUCACACUCAUUGACACUUUCUCUCUCACAUUUACACUCUCUCUUUCUCACACUAAUUCACACACACUGUUUCAUAAUCAUUCACACUGUCUCUCUCACUCAUUCAUGAUUUAUCUCUCACUCAUUCACACUCGCUCUCACACUCAUCCGCACUUGCUCUCUGUCACUCAGUCUCUUUCUCACACACAUUCAUAUUCUCUCUCUCACAUUCAUACUCUCUCUCUCUCUCUCAAAAUCAUUCACUCCCUUUCUCACACACAUUCACACACUCUCUCUCACAAUCAUUAA